CGUACGGGCAACAGUUGCCAGGAGCAGCCGGGCUGAGGACCGGCAAUUUGCCCAGCCAGUUGUCCCUUCUCCGUCGUCCCCUCCUUCCCUCCCCGAAGGCCGAGGACAGCUAGGUCCUCCUCCCUCUUCUCCUCCUCUUUGGUGCCUUCAGCCAGGAGGCGGGAGUGACCCGCGGCAGCUGACCCAGCACUGGCACUGCCUCUUCUACAGCCCUCAGAACACACGAUGGGCCCAGAGGCGGGUUUGCAGCACAGCAGCGACGACGCAGGCGGCAGCCCCGGCGACUCUCAACUGCCUCCCUGACCGCCGACACCAACGCCCAACGCCCCGCGAAGCCAUCGCCACCAACGUCGAGAGACUCUAGGGGACCCCCCCAAACCACCUUCACGAUCGACUCAAGCUACGUCAACAACUAUGGCGGGCGAGGGGCGGCGGGCGGAGCCGGAGAGGGAAGGAUGGGGGCUGUACGUCACGCCCAGGGCUCCGCUACGAGAGGGAAGGCCCCGGCUCGCCCCUCAAAAUGGCGGCGGCACUGACGCGCCUGCGUACGGAACUCCUACGCCGUCGCGCCACGGCCGGCGGGAAGUGAGGUUCUCAGAAGAGCCGCCCGAAGUGUACGGCGACUUCGAGCCCCGGGCGGCCAAAGAAAAGGCCCCGGUGGGAAGACAGAUUCCGCCAGAAGAGUUCCGGCCCGAUUCGGCGAAAGAGGAAGUGAGAGAAAGCUCCUAUUACCUUCGGUCUCGGCAGAGGAGGCAGCCGCGACUCCCGGAAGCCGAGGAGAUGAAGACGCGAAGAGCUACCCGCCUCCAGCAGCAGCACUCAAAACCGCUUCCGCUGCAGCCGUCUCCGGUGACGGCCAGGAGAGGAUUACGGGACUCCCAUUCAUCCGAAGAGGAUGAACCACCUUCACAAACUGAUUUAAGCCAAACCAUCUCAAAGAAAACUAUCAUAACACAAGAGAUUCCAGUGGUGAGUGAAGAUCCUGUAAUCAGCCUGUGUAGACCCCCUCUAAGAAGCUCAAGAUUGGAUUCGGCAUACAAAACAAAUGGAAAUACUAAAAUGAGUGAAUUAGAAACCACCAGUGUACAACAGAAGGUCAUUUUCUCAGAAGAAGGGGAAACUGAGGAAAAUGAUCAAGACAGCUCUGACAGUGAUGUUACUGUUAAGGUCAGAUCCAGGGAUUCUGUUGAGUCUGGAGACCAAACCACCAGAUCAUUAAGUCAAUAUCCAGAAUCACUUUGGCAGUCAUCGCAAAGUCACAACUUCACAGCUUUUGAUAAGCAACCAUUAGUGCUAAGCUCGAGAUACCAAAAAAGUCCUCAGGAGUGGAUUGAACAAGCCACAAGAAUAAGGACUAGGAUGCAAACAUCAUCACCAGGCCAGCGUUCAAUAUAUGGCAGUUUUUCAGAUGAUGACAGUGUUCAGAAAUCAGAGCUUGGAAACCAAUCUCCAUCAACCUCCAGCCAACAAGUGACUGGACAGCCCAAAAGUGCAGCUUCCGUCAGUGUGAAGUGGUGGUGGCCCCUUGUGCUGGUAGCUGCUCUUCUCACUGGCAGUUUUUGGUACACGCAUACUCCUGAAGCAGAAACCACUGCUGUUGCCGUUCAAGAGUUCCAGAACCAGAUGAAACAACUUAUGAAUAAGUACCAAGGUCAAGAUGAGAAGCUGUGGAAAAGGAGCCUAACAUUCCUGGAAAAACAUCUUAAUAGCUCCCAACCUCGGCCUCAGCCUGCUAUCUUGCUUCUCACUGCUGCCCGAGAUGCUGAAGAAGCACUCAAGUGUCUGAGUGAACAGAUUGCUGAUGCCUAUUCUUCCUUCCGUAGCGUUCCUGCAAUCCGGAUUGAUGGGGCAGGCAAAGCUACUCAAGACAGUGAUAUUGUCAAACAAGAGGUAGAUCAGGAACUGAGCAACGGAUUCAGAAAUGGCCAGAAUGCAGCUGUGGUACACCGCUUUGAGUCACUACCUGCAGGCUCUACUUUGAUCUUCUAUAAAUAUUGUGACCAUGAAAAUGCAGCCUUCAAAGAUGUGGCCCUAGUCCUGACUGUCUUGUUGGAGGAGGAGACACUUGAAACCAGCCUAGGCCUAAAGGAAAUUGAAGAAAAAGUGAGGGAUUUCCUCAAAGUCAAGUUCACCAACUCGGACACACCCAGCUCCUACAAACAUAUGGACCCAGACAAGUUGAGUGGGCUCUGGAGCCGUAUUUCUCACUUAGUCCUGCCUGUACAACCUGAAAAUGACCUGAAAAGGGGCAUCUGCUUAUAAGGGGAGACAGAAGAGAAAAUCAUGUCUCAAGUUCUGAGAAUUUUUCAUACUUUCUAACCAGAGACAGGAUUCGUCAGUGUGAAGCAGUGGUUCUUCACUGGUUGAAAGAACUGGUUUCUUUUUAAAGGAGGUUAAGUUCUUAGGUAAACGUGGAACAUCUAAAUCAUUUAUUCAACCUAAUUAUCUGUUAUUUGAGAGAAUCAUUUCCUUGUUUCCAUUGAGAUCUGUGUUAAUGAUAUCUGAGGACUGUAAAUUAUAUGCAGUCCCAUAAAGGAUCUGCUUAGAUUCUGGGUUGAAUCGUUAUUGCUGUGGUAUGACCAGUGAGAGGGAUUAGACUCUUUCCUAUGAAUCCUCCCAAUUUUUUAACUUAGAUUUUUUUUCACAGAGUUUGUUAUUAAUAAGACAGCUCCCUAAAUGCAACUGUGGGUUUUCCCAUUUUGUCCUUUUCUACAUCGUUUAGAUGUGAAUUCCUUAGUCAGCUUCUGCUUAUAGGAACAAAAAUAAUGAAGGGCCGUCGAGUGUGUGUGUGUUUUUGUUUUCCUUUGAUUUUGGAGGGCAGGGAGAAGGAGACAAGAGAAGAGUUGUGGAAUGGGGAAGGAAAGGAGGGAAAGGUCUUCAAGAUGAAAUGUUAAAAAAAGCCACUGAGGGAAUUCCCUGGCAGUCCAGUGGUUAGGACUGUCAAUCCCUGGUUGGGGAAAUAAGAUCCCACAGGCCGCCCCACGUGGCCAAAAAAAAAAAAUCCGCUGAGACUUAGGGUUAGUCAGACAUAGUUGUAUGAACUCCAUUCUCAGUGAAUUCUGUUGGGACUUGCUUUUCAUAUGUCCUUUUUUACCCUUUAAAAAAUGUUUAGUCCUCCCAAAGAUUUUGAAGCAUGUGUAAUGUGAGGUUUAGAAUAUUUGUUCACUUGGCUCUUAAGAAUGGGUAAACUCAGAGCCAUUUAUUUUGGUUAUAUCCUGAAAGUUUUGUUAAGAAACAUAAUUUCAGGAAUUGGUAAACCUUUUGUUCACCAGCUCUCCUGGGAUAUUGAAAAAGGAUUUGAUUUUCUGCAUGUCCACUUGUUGCGUUCUGAGUCCUUUAAUGACACUCUUGUAACAAGUGUAGAGAUUUACAAUGCAUGGGAUAAAUUCUACUGAGUGCCUCAAGCCAAAAAGAAAGUGAAGUUUACCAUAUAUGAAGAAUGUUAAGAUGUGCUACUGUACAUUACUGUGCUACUACAGUAUUUCAGUUUUAACUUUGCAUCACUAACAGCUUUCUCAUCUGUCAACUGCUUUGGUUUUCUUAGAAUCUUAAAAUUCUGGAUCUACCUUAUUUUUUUAUUGUCUACAAACCUGUAAAUGAAAAUAUUGUUUUUAGAAUACUAGAGCCUGUCAGUGGCUUCAUCAUUUACCUUUUGAGGAUCCCAAGACUGGUGGUAGAGUAUGGUCUUGUUUCUUCCCACUAGGACUACCAAUGUGCAUAAAUUUAUACCCCUUAUUGCAAUUUGUUCCUGACUGUCAGAAGUCAGAUAUUCUGAUUUAUAGAGGAUUCUAAAACAAGAGUUUUUGAAAAGACUUAUUUUAUACAUAUAUAUAUUAUAUGGAAAAACAAAUGUUUUUUUAAAUGUUUCAUUGACCAAAAUAAUUUUAAAGUAAUUAAUAUUACUUAUAUCAGGAAAAAUAAUUGUAGCAACUGAUCUGUAAAUGACUUUAAAAGCUAUUUUAGUAAUUUAAAUAAAUUUACUUUCUUGG